GAGUGUCCUGAACAAAGCGACCGUCCCCUUGGGAAGGGUGACGUCUCCCCAGUAACGUGAUUGCUCCUUCGGAAGCAGAAACGUGUAAACGCUAUAAAACGCGGCGGCGGCGGCGGGCAGCUCAGAGCGUGCGGCGGGACGGAGCUCUCCUCCUCUUCUUCCUUCAGCCUCCUCACCCUCCGCCGCCAUCCCGGCAGCCGCGCAGCGGGACAAGGGCGCAGGAUCCCAGCAGCGCAGCGCACCCCUCCGCUCCGCUCCGCGCCCGCCCGGCCAGAACCCCCCCCCGACGGACUCCCGGCUCCGUGGCGGCCAUGGAGCACCGCGGCGCCUCCCCGCGCCUCCUCGCCCUCGCCCUCCUCAGCGCCCUCUGCUGGCGGGCGCGGGCGCUGCCCCCGCGGGGGGCCGCCUUCCCCGCCGUCCCGCGAUUGGGAAACAGAAUGCCAUUUGAUGGAGCCAGUGAACCUGACCAUGCCCACGGGUCAUUAAAGUCUGAAUCAGACAUUUUGCAGAACACACUACCUGAAAAUGAGAAAUUCUAUUUUGAUCUCUCCAGAAUUAUUGAUAGAAAUGCAAGGCACGCUGAUGGAAUUUUCACCAGUGUCAACAGCCAUCUUUUGGCUAAACUUGCUGUGAAGAGAUAUCUGCAUUCGCUUAUUAGAAAACGAGUUAGCUCCCAGGACAGUCCUGUCAAACGCCACUCUGACGCCGUCUUCACUGACAACUACAGCCGCUUUCGAAAGCAAAUGGCUGUGAAGAAAUACUUAAACUCAGUUUUAACUGGAAAAAGAAGCCAGGAAGAGUUAAACCCCGCUAAACUUCGAGAUGAAGCAGAACUUCUUGAACCUUCCUUUUCAGAAAACUAUGAUUCUGUAGAUGAGCUGCUGAGCCACAUCCCACUGGACCUCUGAAGGACAUCUGGUAAAGUCUAUGAGAAGAACAAGUUAUUUUUGAGUUCCACAUAGUAUUUCAAAGAGAUGACUUUAGUCAUCAAACCAGAACAAAUAUGUUGUGAAGUGAAAGUUGUGAUAUAUUUGUUUCUUAUGUAAUAAAAGUUGAUAUUUACAUUGUAAAUAUUACUCUAGAGUUCUCUACUGAAAGCUGUACAUAUGGAUGCCAGUUUAACUCAUGAGAAGUCUGUGAGUCCAUAUGCUGUAAAUCCUUUACUUCAAUAAAUUCAUUUGAAAAUGAGUGUGCAGCUGAAAA